AUGAGUAAAGUAAAUCCAGGGAACAGUCUCACACCGGACAUAGACAACACUCCUGCAGAUGACAAAAACCCAGCAUUGUUAGAGAAACUAAAAGAGCAUGGCAAUAAUUCAAAUAUCCACGGAAUAUCACAUAUCCUCGGCAGAAAAAACAAUUUCCGAAGACUGUUAUGGAUCAUCCCAUUCUUGUUACUAGCAGGAUUUGCAGCCUAUCAACUGUUUAAUGUAAUGGCACUAUACAAAUCUUAUCCAACACAGACUAAUGUAAAACUAGAUUUCAAGCCUCUGAAAAUGCCAGCUAUUACAAUAUGCAACAUGAAUCCAAUACGACGAACCAAAGUCGACGAAUUGUCAAGUGAACUCAUUCAAAAGUUAUUAAAAGGGGGAAAUGUUGAUGAUGCUAUUCAACAACGCAUGGACAAUUUCACAGAUAUUUGGAACUCUGAUGCUUACUAUUAUGACUAUUAUAACUAUUAUGGAGAUUCGUACUCGAACGAUAAUAACGAUGACAUGAACAUUGCCGAUAAUAGUACUGUUGUAGUAGCAGCAAGCAUUAGUCCGGGAAAUAUUAAAAAAGAACUACUUUAUGCAGAGCUUACUCAUCUAACUUGGGAUGAAAGGUAUUUUGCUGGUCACCAGUAUUCAGAUUUUGUGAUGAGUUGUGAAUUCAGAGGUGUUCCAUGUGAUUACCCAAUUGAUGAAUACUUGUCCUUGGAUUAUGGUAACUGUUAUACCUUGUAUUCGAGAAAAUACAUAGUCGGGGCACCCACAGCUACUUCAGGAUUAACAUUGAAGAUCAAUCUGGAAAACUACGAAUCUCUUGCAUUAUCAGAAGGUUAUGGAGCAAUAUUGAUGAUUCACGAAUAUGGACAACAACAUCCAGAGGACCGUGCACUUGUUAUCUCUGGCGGGACAGAAACUCAUGUCAAGUUACAAAUGAAGCAAAUAAAACGUAAAGGCUCUCCUUAUGGCGAAUGUAACAACCGUCCAUUGUGGGAUCCACUAUCUUCAGUUUGGGGAUGCAUAAAAGACUGUCUUGAAGAAGCAUACUCGCAAUAUUGUCAAUGCCAGAAUAACUUGAUAGUCAAUAACGAUACAAACAAUAACGUAGCUCAAAAAUAUUGUAAAGAAACACCAUAUGAUACAAAAUGUUCAAUUGACAUCUACAAAACAAUUCUGGAAACUGACGGAUACUGUGGCUGCCCCCCCCCCCCAUGCAAGUAA